CAUGCUUUUAUUUAAAUUUGUGUAGUACGAAUAAAGACUCAAAAGUCAUUCUCGGAUUAGUGAGAGACUAUAUGAUGAGCCCUUCAUUUAAUUAUUAUCAAGUUGAAUGUCAAAUGGAUGCUUUCAAAAAAAAUUAUUUAUUAAAUUGCAUAAUGUAAUGAAUUGACUUAAUGAAUGUAGUAUCAAACAAAACAUCAAUGAAGCACAUCAGAUCAAAAUCAUAAGCCCAUUCGUUGACAUACAUUAUUAUCAGCGAUUUUUUUUCAUUAUUUGUGUUUUUUAAUUUUUGGAGAAUCUCACUUAACAGUCAAUCGAUUAAUUGCUAAAUAUUCAAUUUGUCUCUUUGUUCGUUAAAAUCUAGAAAAAAUUAAAAGUUUCAGAAUCAAACAGUCUGUAUCACCGCAGCAUCCCUUACAGUUUACGUCUUCAAAAAACGUUGUCGGUUUUUUAAAAAUGGAGAUCGUGGUAAGAUCUGAAUGAGAUAUUAACUGUCGUUUGAAAAGUGUCAAUUCUUCACGACUUAAUUCCCGACGAUUAAUUGUGACUGAGAUUAAAUAACGUUUUUUAAACGAACCGCCAUCUUGCAAUUACGACGUGUGACAGGUUUAUGUCUGGUUUUUUGCUGGGCUAUAUUGGCACUAUGACGUUAUUCGGGUUUAGUGGGUUUACAUAGUACAAUAGUACUUUAGUGUGUUGGGAAGUCUGGACAACUGAUACCAACCAUAAAUACCUACCAUAACCAACUCUGCUGUUCCACUGGUCAAUAGUUGUUGUUCCCACUUCUUCUUCACGGAAUUAAAAUCACCGAUACAUUUUUCUCGAGUAUUUCACAUCCUCAGUGAUAUUUUUUAAGUAAUUUUUCAAUCACCUGUUUAAUACUUGAGGCACCCACCGUAUUUUGCGCAUGUGUCUUUUUAUUUUAUAUACAUUUAUGAGAAAAUCCAUAUAAGUGUUGAGUCUGAGGCCGUUCUGGGUGGUUUAGAGGUAGAACCAAAAAAAAAUCAAGAGAAAUAUUUGGUGUGAUUUUUUCAAUGAAUAUUUGAGGAGGGAAUGAGGACCAACUGCAUCACGAUCGAUCUUUCUGGAGUGUGGUACUAGGUGUCAACAUGGCGGCCGUAUCAGGGUGUCGAUGAGAGCCUCCACUGGGACGCCUCUCAAUAAUCUCAUGUAUUCUGUGACCUAAAGCCCUCAAACGAAGACAAAAAAGCCAAGUAAACAAGUGAAAACAAUAAAUAAAGGGGGAAAACAAAUACCCAUCGACAAAAGUGAACGAAUAAGUUGACAAAAAGAAAAACAAAGAGGAAAUUAAUAAAAGUUCAAGGGCAGAGAGGAUCGAACGAAGCUGUUGUAAUUUGAAUUAUAAAAUAAAAAAAGUUAUUGAUGGCAUCGUCGACGAUGGCAGUACCAACGGCAACAGCUCAGGUGGUGCAGGUUACGGUAACGAGCAUCCAGGGUGUUCAAGUUAUUGAGGAUAUCAAUCCAACAAACGACGAGACAGAUAACGUUCAAAACAACUCAUUGAACGAUUCGAAUAUGACGAAUGGUAUUGGUAAUGGUACAAUUCCUUCAAAGACAUCGAUUGAUGAUGAUAAGCAUAUUAAUGAUGGGAAUGAAGAUGAUGGUAGUAACAGGGAUGAUGAAGGUGAUGAUAAUGAACCACUCGAGGAAAUUCAAGGUGGAAAUUCCGAGAAUAUUGAUGAGCACUGCUUUUUGUGUGAGAAUAAACUGUCAUCACCACGUUUAUUAAAUUGUCUUCAUGCUUUUUGUGAGAAUUGUGUUAACACAAAGUUGAUUAACAACGAUGAUGGAAAUGGUGUUGGGCCAUUUAUAAUAAAAUGCCCAGUGUGCGCCCAAGAGACGAGAGUUGGUGCUAAAGGGGCAGCCAGUCUUGCUUGUGACUAUGUUAUUACCAAUAUUCUCGAUAUGUCAGCUAUUGAGAAUAUGACGGUACUCUGCACAUCUUGCAAGGCUAAGGAGAAUGCUGUUGCACGUUGCUCUGACUGUGCCAAUUUUUUGUGCCCAAAUUGCAAUACGGCCCAUCAGUUUAUGCGAUGCUUCGAGAGCCAUAAAGUCAUUGCUUUUGAUGAUCUCAAAAGAAAUAGUGAGACUGUACCAAUUCAUAAGCCUAUAUUCUGUCAAUUUCAUCCUGCUGAAAAUAUGAAGUUCUACUGCUACACAUGUCAGGAACCCAUAUGUAACGAGUGUCUUCUUGUCCAACACAAAGCCCCUGACCAUCAGUAUGAGAGACUAAGCGAUGCAGAACCUCGUGAAAGAGAAGAACUAGUCAAUCUAAUGUCAGAAAGCAUAUUAAAAAUGUCAGAGUGCGAACGGGCUACGACCGAACUGGAGAAUGCCUUCAGUGAACUUCAGUGCCAACACGAUCAGGCAAAAGACCUCAUCACCGAGACCGUUCAAAGCUACAAGGCAAUCCUUGAAAAAUGCCGAGACAAUGCACUGAAUGAAUUAGAAAAGCUACACUCUGAGCGUGAGCUUCAAGUAAUGGAUAUCUUCAACAAUGUUGAGAAAACUGUUAUAAGGAUGGAGGAUGCCAAUCGUUUUACUUCAAGACUGCUCGAGCAUGGGGAUACAACGGAAAUUCUGGCACUCAAACGCAUCGUUGCCAAGCAACUCAUCAAUUUAAUAAACAACACACCAAAGUUGGACGUUAAAUUUUCCAUUGAAUUCCAAACGGACUAUCAUCACUUUGAGAAAGUAAUGCAGGAGUCAUUUGGUAGAUUCAAAACAGAGAGUACUCAGGCAUUCAAAUCAGUCGAUAUGUGUGACAAUGGUCAGGUCACAGUGCACACCAAUCAGAAUCAUCAGAAUCAGCAGAUACCAGUGGUUAUUCCAUGUCCAAGCUCCAUAAGCACCAAUUCCCCACUUUCCCUUCCUGGAUCAAUGCAAUCAUCCUUUGAGGGUGAUCCUUCCUAUGUCAUGCCACCAAGUACUCCAAAUCCUCAGGAUGUUUCACCACCACCUCCACCACCACCACCUCCAGUAUCAUCGGCAGGCCCACAAGUUGUAGGAGGUGGUGUAUCGCCAUCAGUAUCUCUUCCUCCAGGUCCUCCAAUGCAUGGUUUCACCAGCAUACAGGAGUACAAUCUUCAGCAAUUAGCCAGUCUCGCUGAGAAAGUUGAGCUCAAUGAAACGAGCACAAAUCCAAGUCCAACUCCGUCCUUUACACUUGCCGAUUUAUUGUCUGGCGAUUUGAGUUCAACGAGUCAUGCCAUCAAUAAUUUGCAGGCACUUGCCAAACUUGGUAAUACACUUGGUAAUCAAGAUAUGGGAAAUUCAGCAAUCAAUGGCGGUGGAGCUAUGGUUUUGGCACGUGUACCAUCGCCUGGAAUUAAUGAGGCACAGAAUAUGGGCGGAUUGUCCGCCAACACUUUGCUUAAUGGAGGAUAUCAAUCGUUAUCCAACUCGACUUCACCAAUUUUGUCGCCUGGCGAUGAUCUCAAAGGGGAUAUUCACAAUAUGAUGAGCGGAGGUAAUACUGGAGUGCCAGGGAGUGGCAACUAUAAUCAUCCACGCUCGACUACCAAUACCAAGCAGACGCCAAUGCAAAUAAGAUCCAAGUUCGGCCAGCUUGGACCCAGUAAAGGACAGUUUAAUUCACCACAUGGCUUCUGUCUUGGAACUGAUGAGGACAUUAUCGUUGCUGAUACUAAUAAUCACAGAAUUCAGAUAUUCGAUAAAACUGGACAGUUCAAAUCACAGUUUGGAAUCCCAGGAAAGGAAGAGGGUCAACUGUGGUACCCGAGAAAAGUAGCUGUCAUGAGGAACUGCGGAAAGUUUGUGGUUUGUGAUCGUGGUAACGAGCGUUCGAGGAUGCAAAUAUUCACGAAGAAUGGACAUUUUAUUAAGAAAAUAGCAAUUCGUUACAUCGACAUUGUGGCAGGUCUUGCCGUCACUAGUCAAGGACACAUUGUCGCAGUUGACAGUGUGUCACCAACUGUGUUCGUUAUUAACGAUACUGGCAACCUUCUUAGCUGGUUCGACUGCAGCGACUACAUGAGGGAACCAAGUGAUAUUGCUAUUAGUGGCAAGGAAUUUUUUGUUUGUGACUUCAAAGGACAUUGUGUCGUUGUUUUCAACGAGGAGGGCCAUUUCCUCCGUCGCAUUGGCUGUGAGAAUAUAACAAAUUUCCCCAAUGGGAUUGACAUUAGCGACGCUGGAGAUGUCUUGAUUGGUGAUUCCCAUGGCAAUCGUUUUCACGUUGCUGUUUUUUCAAGAGAUGGCUCUCUCAUAUCGGAGUUUGAAUGUCCUUAUGUAAAGGUGUCACGAUGCUGCGGCCUUAAAAUAACUUCCGAAGGUUACAUUGUGACGUUGGCCAAAAACAAUCACCACGUCCUGGUACUGAACACUCUGUACAUAUUGUGAAGUGGGACAAGACCAACAAUAACGUCGCAACUUACUUCUUCAUACGGUCGUCUUAUUGGAGACCAUUCCGCUCUCAACGAAAGGUAAAACAAAAAACUGCAAUUAAUCUAAAGAAAACAAAAAAAAACCACAUCAACUUGGCCAAUUUUUGGCCUAUCGAAGCAAUAACAAACAAUUUAAGUAACGGGCAAAAAAGUGCAUAAAUUAAUCACUGAAACAAUAAAAUACGUGCGUCCCUGUUUUUAUGAAAUAUAUAUAUCAACACCUCGAAGAUCAUCUUGAAGAGAAAUUAAACAAGUACUACAGAGAAGGAAAAUAAACAAGAAAACGCAAGGUUCAUACAUCUCCGACCAACGUUACAGUAUAAUAAGUAUCGUAAUUAGGGAAAUUGCAUUUGGUAAACUGCCGAAGGGUCGAAAAAAAAUUUCUCGAGCGUACCGUGGAAGAGCGUGCACGAUUAUACAUUGGCACUGCGUGCUGACCGACUCGUGGCACGUGUUACUAUUUAUCUCACCGAAAAAAAAAAAACAUGAAAGCUAAACAGUUUAGAAAAGCUAUAGAAAGAAUGGAAAGACAUUAGAAAAUUUUAAAACAAUGGCCUUGCGUCAAAAUUGGUCGUUGCACAUCAUUUUUGACAUGUCAGUAUUUUAAGUAUAAUUGAUUAUAAAUCAAAGUAAUCUAGUCUUUCAUUCGAGCACGAUCUUUCAUACCCCAUUUUACCCCUUUGUCUGUUAAGGAAAUGAAGCGAUUUGAAGAAAACAAAAAAAAAACUCACGAAAAUCUCAUUGACGAGUUUAAUAUUAAUUUAUUUGCUCAAAUAUUUUUCUCUAAUACCAAAUGUCAUCGAUCGAUGAUCGUUGAGGGAUUGAGUGAGGAAAUUAAGUAAUCGAGGGGAAUUUUAUUCAAAUAAACUGAGUAUUUUAUUCAAUCUAGUAAAUCGGACUUCCAAAAGUUUAAAUUCGAAGCUGCAAGUGUUUUAUCAUUUUUUUUUCAUCCAUUGAAAUUAUUAUUUAUUCACAUAUUUUAGGUCUCAUAAUAUAUUACAUCAUUUUAAAUGGCCAAUGAUUACCAAACUAUUUUCCAACCGUAAAAAAUACAGUGGAAAUACAGUAGAUUAAUUGAUUUCUAUUCUGAUAUUUGAUUCGAACAAAAAAAAAAACACAGUGGUCAUUAUAUUUACUCAGGAGUUUUCAAAUACGAUCCAUUGAACGAAAAGGAGAGAAAACAGAAAAAAACAUUACAUAAAGAGUCAUCAACAUUUCUUGGUGCUAAACAAAUGAUAAUCUAUCUAUACGUGUCAUUUGUCCAUUGAGGAAUUUCAAUUCAGGAAUUUGUCAGAUCUAAUAAUUUAUGCAUCGCUUACAAUUCCUACAUUUACUAUUGAUAUCAUAGAAAGUAUCUUACCUAUCUUUAAUAAUUACAAGAAAAAAACAAGGAUAUAAAGUUACAGUUUGGUGAACAUCUUCUAUUUAUGUAUAUAUACAGAAAAAUAGUCGACCCUUAAAUGGUAAAAAAAAAA